AUGAGCAAAACACAAGAGCCGGCCAUCACCAAAGUCUCGGACUUGGAGACUCGCGAUGCAAAAUGGAUCGCCCUGAAGAAAUUGGAGUUCACCGACCAAACGGGCAAAAGCCGCACCUGGGAAGUUGCGACCCGGAAAACCAGGGGCCAGGCGGGCGUUGAUGCCGUCGCGAUAGGCAACAUCUUGUUGCAUCCAUCUCACCCGCCCGCAACCAUGGUCGUCAUUCAGUAUCGUCCGCCCCUUGACGCGUAUACCGUGGAGUGGCCCGCUGGUCUUAUCGAUGCCGACGAGACUGUGGAACAGGCCGCCGUUCGAGAGUUCAAAGAAGAGACUGGUUACGAUUGUCGUGUCGUAUCCAUAAGCCCGGUACAGUCGGCAGAUCCAGGCAUGUCCGACGCAAACAUGCAAAUGGCCAUGGUGGAGGUCCAGCUUGAAGAGAAUGCUCCUCUCCCAGAACAACGACUAGACGAUGGUGAACUGAUUGAACGUGUUACUAUCCCACUUGCCGACUUCUACGAGCGCCUGGUAGAAUAUUCGAAGCAGGAUCGCAUGAUCGUUGCCGCAAAGCUUUUCCAUUUUGCGGCGGGCUUCCACUUUGCACGGACACAGAAGUACAUUUGA